AUGGAAACUGUUCUGAUAGCAGAAGAGAAGCUGAGGAAGAAAGCUGAGUCUGCUUCCAUGAGCUCUUCUACCAACACUGCACCUUCUUCAGAACACUCAGCUCAAAGAUCUGCUGUGGACCCGUCUGAUCAGAUAUGCAUCAUCAUUGAGGAUUUUGUACGUGAGGUGAAAAUGGUGAUGCAAAGCGCAAUCAGCAAGGUCGCCUCCUAUAAAGCGUCAUCAUGGUCCAAGGACUGGAAGACAACAUGCAGCUAUGUAGCCAAAGAGAUGCUAAACAUUCUGGAAACAAAAGCUCAGCCUUCCCACCAUGAGGACACUCCUGAUUUGAGAGAGGAACACGACAAAGACAGAAGACACACUGAAGAUCUUACAAGGAAGGUGAUCAUGGUGGUGCUUGAUGUCCUGGACAGCAGCAGUGCUGGGAGAGCAGAUAGUAAAACCGGUGAUCUGCUCAUCACUGCUGCUGAAAAGCUCAUAGAGAUGACCUCAUCUUCACAAUCAGAGCGUCUCUCUAGGCAUAAGAAGAAGCACAAAGCUCAGCUGUCUCAUGAGGAUCUCCAGGCAAAGGCCACCAGGGCUGUAGGUCAGGUGCUACUUAGCAGUGCUGGAGUUUGGGAAAGGAACAGUAGCUCCCCUGAGAUGCCCAGCAGCCUGGCCAGUCAAACGGAUCUGGACUCUAUGUUAGAGGCAAUGACUAAGGCAGGGUUCCCAACUGAUCUGAUUGAACACAACCUAGUCGUCAAAUCUAGAGAUAUUGUGAGCACUAUUGAAAGCAACAUGGACAUGUUGUCAUCAGCCAGCCACUCUUCAAAAAAGAUGGAAACUGAAGACUCUGGAGUUUUCUCCAUCAUGAACUACAUGAUCCAGAGAAUUAAGGAGAGACUGAAGAUAUUCUUUAGAGUGACGAAGCAACUUGAGAAGGAAAGAGGAUCAGCUGAACCUUCAUCAAAUGUGUCACAGGACUCAGAGACUUUGAUGGCCAAAUCUGUCCACAGAGCCAAAUCACAGGCACCAUCGGUGAACAAUGAUUUUCAGACAGAUGAUCCCACAGUGAGCUGCACAGAUGAGGAGGUUGGUACUGAGUCUCUUUUCAGGACAUGCUGUCAGAGCCAGACAGUUUUAUCAACACAGAGUGUUCCCACCUCUGAUGUGCAGCUCUCUAGAGUCCACAGUGUUUCCCAGUUAGAUGAUCUCACUGUAACAUGCACAAAUAGCAUUAUUAGUGAGAUUGUCCACCUUUAUCACUCAGAUGUGCUUUCUGAGUGUCCAACAUCAGUGACAGAUAAAGAUUCAGUGGAAAUACGUGACAUAUUUCAGGGUUUGGGAGAACUUGUCAGGACUAGCAGAUCUACUUCCAAGACUAGUUCAUCAGAUAAAGAUUUAGGAGAGUGUGAGGAUAUUUCACUCCCUAAACUAGACGUUUCUAAAGUAGAUCCUGCACUUGAUCAAACUUCAUCACACUGUUCUCUCAAGAACCUUCUCAGUGCUCAGUUCCAGAGUCAGGCAACACAGACUGUUUGUGACGUUCUUCUGAAAACAGGAGAAAAACUUUCCAUCUCAGGGUCCACACAGUCAUUCAAGUCCUCUUCCAGCCCAACUGUAUUCCUGCCACCUGCUGCUGCCUCUUCCUUCUACACUGAAGCUCAGUCUACAGCGUCAGACAUUGUCACAAGCUUUUUGAAGAAGCUGUGGAAAUGUUGUUUCUCAGCCCCAUCAGACAACGCUGGCACUUCAACUAAACCAGCUCCAAAGCAAAAGAAACAAGUACCCUCUGCUUCUCAAAGCAUCUACAGAGGUGUACAUAAGACGGUGUUUGGAUUUCUGCUGGGGCUCCAAAAAUCAGACAAAAGUGAAAAAUCAGAUCAAAGUGUGAUUUUAGUACAAGAACAGCCUAAAACACAAGCAGAGCUGGAAAGUGGGAGUGUCUUAUCAUUCAGGUCACCUCCCCAAACAAUAUCUCCAAGGUUCCAGCUUAAUUUAGACUCUUGUACGGAUGAGGUAAUUUCCAAAGUAGUGGAGUUGUAUAAGAGUGAGCUGCUUCUGUGUAGCUCCUCUAAAGCAUCUCUCCACAUCUCUACAUCCCUUCCUGAACAGCCUUCAGUCAGUCUGAAGACCAUUAAGCCUAAAAGCUUCCUGACUGAUGCUGCCCAGCUAGUGAGUGAUGUUUUAAUCAGGAGAUUCUCCUCACAGACGUCAAGUGUUGAAUCUGGACAACACUUUUUGGACUCUUCUAGAAAAACCUCCUCUUCACCUGUUUUCUCUCCCAGCUCAGCAGAUGUACAAGAUGCUGCUCUUAUCAUUGCUGAAACACUUGUUGACGCCUUAGACAGAUAUGUAGAGUCUAAGCAUUCAGCAAUGACCACUGUGAACAGCAGUUCUGAUAUGCUGAGCUGUCUUGAUGUCGUCUCACAGAUCUCUAUCACCAGCAUCCCGAAAGAUUCUGACACAUCGAAAAUGAAAACCUACUCAAACCCUUUUUUCAUUUUCAGAAAGGUAAAAGAUCUACUUAGUGAUCUUUUAAUGGAUGAACAGAGAUCUGAUCCCAGCCUAAUAUCUGCAGAGCCAGAGAGAUCCACUGACCAUGAGGUGGGUGCCUUUUUUGAGGAGCCUGAUUCUGCUGCUGAAAUUGUAGCAGUCACUCAGCCUCAGUCUCUCCAACGGCCAGCCUCUGAAAUGAACCAGCCGGACCCUCUGAUUUCUGAUGAGACCCUGAAGAGUCACGCAGACAGAUUAACAAAUUUGAUGACAGACAUUCUUAUAAAUACAGCAGAUCCAUCACAUGUUUGGAAGCAUUCCUCAGACUCAGUUCUGGAAACAGCCUGGGUGAGGAGCUCUCUGCUGAGAGACCCUAUCCAGGUUCUUUCAUCGCUGGUCUACGUCUUUGUAGACGAUUCAGUGAAAAGUUUGCUUCUGCACUUGCUGAGACUAAACCCAGCAUUUUCACGUGUAGCCGAUCAAUCAGCUUCAUUCACUUUCUCUGAUCGACACCUGAAAAGAAGCAGUGCAGGUUUUGAAGGCCAGAACUCAGAGAAGUCAACUGGCUUCACUGAAGCACAAAACCAUUUCACUGAGGCUCUUACAGACUCACAGAGCAAGAUGGAGAAUCCUCUGUCAUUGCUCGUGAAGUCUGAGCACUCUGAGAGGAAUCAUGAUGUCUCUGUAUUGGAUGUCAAGUCAGUUUGUGUAUCACCCACAACUUCAAGCACUGCUGGCACUGCAAUGGGUAGAGAAACAUUGGAGAACCUCAGCAUCUCCAGCCAGCAGUAUGAGAUCUACUCUUCCAGCUGCAGCCCAGUAAGUGAGAGCAGUCCCUAUUAUCCAAACCCUUUGGAUAUGAAAAAGAGGCGUGUAUUUCGUUUUAUUGUGGGUAAAUUAGCUCCUCUCUUCAGCAUCAGACUAAAGAAAUCAGGUAAAGUGUGUCCUGCUGGCCUGGUGUCUGACAGCCAUCAGUCUCCCUCCACCUCUGGAAAUCUUCAGAAGUCUUCACAGAGAGAAUCAAAGGUUUUGAUGACACCAUUUAAGAAAACCAGCAAUCGUCUGUCCAGGAUUUUCUCAGCCAUCCGCAGAGCACUGCCCAACCCCUUCCAGUGCCUGACUCCACCAUCAUAA